CCGUCUGCGCCAAGCGGGGAGCCCUGCGCUCCGCUCCGCUCGGGCGGCCGGGCCGGGCCGGUCCCGCUCCGCGGAGCCGCAGCGAAUCGCGGGCGCUAACAAAGGCCCCUCGUUCGGGCCGACAUUUGUUGAUCGCCUGGUUUGCCGCGGGGCUGGAGGGGCGGGCAGGGGAGGGUUAAGAUGCCGAAAGGCGCGGCCGGCGCCAAGGCCGGGCACGAAGGUGAUGGGCUCCCGAGCGCAGGCACAGCCCGGCUGCCAGGGGCUGCGGAGCGAGGGGGAAGGAGCCACCUUAACGGAGAGCCCCGCCCCGGGCCGGAGCAUGCGUGCCGCUCAUUGGUGCAGCUCUAAUGGCUGAAAUUGAUUGCUGAAAUGCAAAACUUGUUGCUGUUUCUCCAGCUCUGGGUGAGAGAGGGAGCGGAAGAGAGGGGAGCGGAGACCCUGCAGCGCCCCGAGCCGGGCACCCCGCACCGCCUGCGGCCGACGGGACCCUGCAGCGCCCCGAGCCCGGGCCGACGGGACCCGCCAGGAGAGCCUGGGUCCGGCAGACCCUCGGAGCCCCCAGCGCAGCAAGGCGCGGAGAGCGGAGCCCGUGCGCCCGGCACGCAGAGCCCGCCGGACCCGCUGGGCUGCCCGAGGCUGAGCCGCGCUGCCAGCGCCUCUGCAGCCCGGCGAUGCGGAGCGGAGCUCCCGGGGACUGGAGCCGAUGAGCUGCGGAGCCGAGCCCCGCCGGAUGUCGGGGAGAGCCGGCCGCCCCACCAGGUGUGAGAGAGCGGGGCGCCCCCAAGCGUAAGUGCCGCGGCCGCUCGGAGAGCCCCGGGCUGCGUGGCGCGGAGGCCGGAGGCUCGGACCCAGGCGGACAGAUUUCAUUUCCUUGAACUUUGUUUGGCAGCCGGGGCGGCCGCUGCCUGUUUCUCCGCGCCCGCCCCGCCCGCAUCCCCGCUAAGCGCCCCCACGCCCUGGCCACCUGCCCCGCAAGAUGUGAGCGCGGGGGCAGCUCCCUGGGGACCCGGCUCGCCCCGCCGCUGCCUGCUGCAGGGACACGGCCCCUUGGCUCCGCGUUGGGCGCUCUCGCUCGCUGCGGUUCCGAGCGCGCUCCUGGGGGAGCCGGUCCGAGUCGCGCACCGGGGCGCGCGGGGUGCCAUGCCCUACUGAUCCCCAGAAGUAUGUUUGGGCUGGAGCAGUUUGAGCCUCAGAUCAGCAGCAGAAACGCCGGACAAGGAGAGAGAAACUUUAGCCAGGCCGGACUGACCAUGAGCUCCCACUUCAAAUCGCCGGCUUUCCACUCGGGGGGGCCCGCGGAUCCGGCCAUCAGCGCCCUGGCCGAGCCUCCCAUCCUGGGCAUGAACAUGAACAUGGCCGGGGAAGCGUACGGCUUCCAUGCCCGGGGACACUCGGAGCUGCAUGCAGGGGGGAUGCAGGCUCAGCCGGUUCAUGGCUUUUUCGGCAACCAGCAGCCUCACCACGGUCAUCCCAACACCCACCACCCGCACCAGCAUCACCCGCACUUCAGCGGCAACUUUGGGUCCGAUCCCAGCGCCUCCUGCUUGCAUGGAGGGCGGCUGAUGAGUUACAACAACAUGGGCAGCCAGCAAGCGUUUGCAGAGGGCUAUGAACAUAUGGCUGAGAACCAAGGAGGCGAAGGCUUUGGACAGCAAAGGUCAGGUAACAUGCCCGAUUUCCAGCACCACAACUCCAGCGCCUCUAACCACGCCGUGCCAGCACCCUGCCUCCCACUGGAUCAGUCUCCCAACCGGGCUGCCUCCUUCCAUGGGCUUCCAGCCUCCAGCUCCUCGGAUUCCCAUAGCCUGGAGCAGAGGCGGCUUCCCAACCAGGGCGGCGUCGAUUCUUUGGAAUACAAUUACCCCAGCGAUGGCCCUUCAGGACACUUUGAUUUGCCAGUGUUUUCCCCUUCCGAGUCGGACGGGCAGCUUCCUCACUAUGGGGCUGGCAGACAAGUUCCUGGGGGCGGCAGUUUCCCUGGCACAUCUGUUUUGCCCAGAGCCCCAGGCAUAGUGGGGAUGUCCAAAGUUCACCCGCAGCAGCAGCAUGGUGUAUUCUUUGAAAGGUUUGGAGGUGCUCGUAAGAUGUCUGUGGGCAUGGAGCCUGGUGUUAACGCCAGACAUCCUUUAAUGCAACAGCAGCAACAGACAGGUUUACUGGCCAGACAAAACUCCUGUCCGCCAGCAAUUCCUAGGCAACAGCAAACAGAAGCCAAUACUCCCAACCCCAACUUGCAGGACAAUGGGCCAAUAAUGCAGAACCAGCAUGCACAGUUUGAAUACCCUAUUCAUAGACUGGAGAAUAGGAAUAUGCAUCCAUAUACUGAUCCCGUGUUUAAUAUGCAGCACCCUCCUCCGCAACAGCAACCAAAUCAGAGACUGCAACAUUUCGAUGCCCCCUACAUGAACGUGGCCAAGAGGCCUAGGUUUGACUUCCCCAAUAACCCCGCGGUCGAUAGGUGCGCCUCCUGGAAUAACAAUCUGCACAGCGCGGGGCUGGAAAACCAUCUAUCGCCUUCCGCCUACCCCGGCCUCCCGGGCGAGUUCACGCCGCCCGUCCCGGAGAGCUUUGCCCCGGGCCCGCCGCUCCAGCACCCGGGCCCCGACCCGCAGGCCCUGCAGCAGCGCCAGAACGCCGCCCUGAUGAUCAAGCAAAUGGCGUCCCGGAACCAGCAGCAGAGACUCCGGCAGCCCAGCCUGCAGCAGCUGGGGCACCACGGGGACGUCGGCCCGAGCAGCCUGGUGCACGCGGGCCCCGUGGGCAGCCUGCCGCAGCCCGGCUUCGAGCGCGACGGCGCAGGCCGGGGGCCCACCUUCGAGCCGCAGACCCCGCACCUGGCCCCGGACAGCGGCUGGUUCCCCGGCCCGCACCCGCCGGGAGAGCUGCUGCCGCGGCGCAUGGGCGGCCCCGCCGAGCCCGGCCCGCACGAGCUCGGCCUGCCGCAGAACGGCUCCGGCCUGCUCUUCCGGCCGGCCGUGGGCGGGCUGGGGCUGGCGGGGGAAGGACACGUGCCGGCGCUGCACUCCCCGGGCGUCCACCCCCAGCCGGCCGAGGGCGCCGCCGCCAGCCCGGGCCCGCCCGACAAGCCGCUGACCUCGCCCUCCUGGGCCAAGGGCGGCGAGCUGCUGCUGGCCGAGCAGCCCGACCUCAUGGCCUCGCUGGACAGCGGCAUCCAGAGCGCCAGCAAGUCGGACGGCGGCUCCCCGCGCGGGGACUUCCCCGACGAGCCCAGCCCCGCCUACGGCCACGAGGACGAGGUGUCGUCCAGCUCCGACAGCGCCCUGGCCAAGCCCACGCGCAGCCCGCUGCUGGGCGGCUCCCCCAAGCUGCCGCGGGCGGAGCACGCGCUGCUGGGCGGCCAGAAGCCGCUGGGCCUGGGCCUGGGCCUGCUGGGCGGCGCGGCCCCGGCCCCGGCCCCGGUCCCCGCCCCGGACAGCUACGGGCUGGGCGGCGGCGGCGGCGGCGCCCACCCGGGCACUCCGGGCCUGGAGCAGGUGCGCACCCCCACCAGCACCUCGGCCCAGGACGAGAUCCACCCGCUGGAGAUCCUGCAAGCGCAGAUCCAGCUCCAGCGGCAGCAGUUCAGCAUCUCCGAAGACCAGCCGCUGGGCAUGAAGAGCAAAAAGGCCGAGUGCCCCAGCCAGAACGGGGAGGGCGACUUGAACAGUUGUUGCUCGGAUAACGUCAAAGGUGCCAUGAGCACGAUAGACCUGGACUCUCUGAUGGCAGAGCAUAACUCUACCUGGUACAUGCCUAGCGAGAAGUCCUUGAUGGAGGGACAAGAGGAGGACAAACCUAUGGCACCGUGGGAGAAGUCAAAGCCUCAGAAUCCCAGCAAAGAAGCCCACGACCUUCCCCAGAACAAGACCUCAGCUGCGGCGCAGACUGGCAGCCAUUUGCAAUGCCUCUCAGUCCACUGCACGGAUGACAUGGGCGAGUCGAAGGGCCGGACUGCGGUGCCGACAUGGAGAUCCCUGCACUCAGACAUCUCCAACAGAUUUGGGACUUUUGUGGCUGCCCUGACUUGAACAAAAGGAAAUUAUUUUUUUCUCUUUUUAAUUUUAAAGGGCCGCUACUGCUAGGUGGACUAUUUUUCUAGGUUGGUACCUGCUUAGUGGCAUAUGGACUGGAAAGGGUUAAUUUAAAGUAAACCUCAAUUUUUUUAAUCUUCUGCCACAGUAUGUUACCAGUGUUAACCCUUCUGCAGUUAGCACACUUUUGCUUAAAAUUUUCCUGCUAGAUCAUUUCCCCCAUUAUUCUGUAAUCUUGGCAAACAUUUAUAGAUGAGGCCUUUUCCUUUUUCAUCUCAACGUAUGUCCAAGUAGUGUGUGUCAUAAGACAGAUACUUCUCCUUUCGUUUUUUCUUUUCUUUUUUUUUGCCCCCUUUUUUUUCCGCUUUGUUCAGUGCUUAUUAAAAUGGAAAUCCUGAAGAAUAGCAGUUCAGGAAUAAAUGCCGGUUGAAGUGAAAUUGUCAUCAUAUUCUAUAUUGACACCAAGCUUUCGUCAGUCACAUACAAACCAAACAAUUAAUGCUCUAUUAAGUAUUCAGCCUGUGAUUUUUGUCUUUCCUGAGAUAAUUUAUUUUUUGUUAUCAAGAAUACAUUCAGCCUUCAUCUCUUGCUGUUAAGUGGAAACAACUAUUCAGUUUAUUUGCUGACUUGAAGCCCAGAUAUAGUGUUAUUCUGAACAAUAGGACCUGUAGCGGUGAAGCCUGGUUGACCAAACACGUUUAAAAAAUGUGAAACUGCCAGUUAAAGCAUUGUAAUCCCUUCUCCACCAAGGACCAAGAUUUGAGUGGAAUUCCUCCCACCCGUCUCUCUUACUGGGGACACACGGGGAGUGCAGAUCACCUCUAGGACACAGUGUGUAUCUAAAGUCCCCACAUCUUUAAUUUUGCUCCCAGAAGAAGGGAAGUUUAAAUACCACGUUAUCUCUAUAACUGUUGAAGCAGGGGCUUCUUUUAAGGAAAAUCACAUACCAAACCCCCUUUGUACUGUGCUCUUCCUGGGAAACAACUUCCUGGUUACAGGAAUGUAAAAAAGCUCUGAUUCCUUGACAUGAGGAACUCCCCUGUGCUAGGCUAAAUUUAAAUCAGCCAUCCAGCUAUUACUUGGGCCAUGUCUACACUACCACUUAUGUCAGCAAAACUUAUGUCGCUCAGAGGUGUGAAAAAAACACCCCCUGGAUGACAUAAGUUUUGCCAGCAUAAGUGACAGUGUGCACAGCGUGACGUCAGUGGGAGAGCUUCCCCUGCGACACAGUUACCACUGCUUGUUGGGGGUGGUUUAGUUACGUUGACAGGAGAGCUCUCUACCCUCAGCACAGAGUAGGUAUGUAGGAGAUCUUACAGUGGCACAGAUAAGGUUGCCAUCUUUCUAAUUGCUGGUAACUGGACCCUCGAGGCCCAGCCCCCUUCUCUGCCUCUCCACUCCCCCCCCCAAAAGAUACCUCCCUCCGUUGGAUCAUCUCCACCUCCCACCCCACCCACCAGCUAGACUCCCUCUGCUCCGGGGCUGGGACGGGAGCUGCUGCAGCCUGACACGGAGCCUGUCUGCAGGUAGGAAUGGCCCCAGCUGAGCAGGGGCUGGCAGGGGUUAAUAACUCGACACCUCCCCUCACCCUGCGGUAACCGGAUUUUUGGUGUCUGGUCAAUACAUCUGACCAGGCGCUGCCAGGUCCCUUUUUCAGCCAGACUUUCCGGUUGAAAACCAGGCACCUAGCAACCAGGCACAGAAGCCAAAAACCGGACUGCCUGUGUAAAACCCGGGUGGAUGGCAACCUUAGCACCGUUGCAUCGAUACAGCUGUGCCACUGUGAGCUCUCUAGUGUAGAUCUAGCCUUACACUUACCAAAGGAGUCACAAGUCAGCACUGAAGCAAAGGCGUUAUUUUUGGGCUAAAGAAGAAGGUACCUCAGAUUGCUGGUAAAGCUUUUAGUAUAGCGGCGUGUGCCCUUUUUCCACAGCAGGGCUUUGGUGCCAUUACUUGAAGUGCCACCCUUUAAUGUAUGUCACUGAGAAUGUUGAAUGUGUGAGAUCAGGCAUUUUCAGGAGUGGAACCAAGCAUGAAGCUGGGAAAUUUGGUACAUAUCAGUACGUACUGAUGGGUAUCCUUUUCAUUCUAGCCAGUCCCCACAUUUGUGCACCUGUGAGUCAGAGAUUAGCAUUCUCUAAACUGCCAGGGUGCUGGUAGAGCCUAAAGUAGAUCACAUAAUUCCUGCUGGUAAAGACAGUUUCUAUUUGACAUUUGUCGUGUUUGAAGGACAGUAUUAUUAGAUACAUACAAUAAAAGGAAACCAUUCUUUCCUGCUCUUCACAGAUAAUACUCAUUAGGACAGAAAGCUGGAAACAAAUGAGCUAAAAACAAAAAUUAAAAGAUGAUUGGACACUGGUGUGGUUUUACAUAACGCUAUCUAUAAUUUGUGUAGCCUCUGCUUACAGUAAGACGAAACGGUCCCACCCUUGUUCAGAUGUGUUCAGUCCAGUGCUGCUGGAACAGUUUUUAUAGUGGGGGUGCUGAAGGUGGAAACCAUGUAUUUGGGUGGUUGUUACUGUUUCAAGCCAGGGGGUGUGGCAGCACCCCUACUUCCAGCACCCAUGACUCAGUCUCCUCCACUCUUUGCGGUUACUAGGAACAUUGGAGGAUUAGAUCAUAGCUGUGAAAUAAAGGACUGAAACGCCAUGGUUAUUUAUCACUUGUUUCAUGGAUUCAGAGUGUGCCCCUUUUUGAGAGUUGCUGUUCAGAGUUCUGUCUUGAAUUUAUCUUGGAUGGUCGCAUUGGGCCAUCGCUUUUUAAGCGGAGUUCUGUAUUGACACCACUGGGGAGGGAAUUGUGCUUAAAAACUCAUGGUACAUUGUGGUUCUGAAAUCUUUCAAUCAUGCUGUUUCAAAACUCUCAACAUUUUAAAUGAAGUUACAGAUGGUAUUUAACUUGUCACGUUCUCCCUGCUCUCUUAUUUGGAACAAGCUCUCAUUGGCCUUAUGUGGAUUUAUUUUCCUGUUGUGUCACUGCUCACUGAGUUGACUUGGGUAAAAUUUUUUUUUUAAACUAGGAAAUUAUAAUAAGAGUCCUUGAGUUUUAGUUGGUCUUUUGUUUCAGAAUUUAAAAAACAUCCCUGAUUUUGAGAAGCUUUUUAAUUUUUUUUUUUUUUUUUUUAAGAUUUUAUUGACGCUGGAACGGUUACUGGAAUAUCGAGUUUGCCCCUGCUAUAAUUCGGUGAAUAUGGAGUUAGCUUGUAUUCCUGGGUCUAGAACAAAAAGGCAUGACACUUGGCUGGAUCCAGAUGAAAGGCUCAAAUCUUCUGCCCUUCACCUACUCUAAAUAACAUUGUCUGAGGUAAUAUAUCUCCUGAUGUAACAAUUGUUACCCAGCCUCACUUUGGAGAACACGCCCCAACCCAAGAAAGCACAGUUUCUUAGGUCCCAGUUCAGCAGAGUGCUUACGUAUGUGCUUAAUUUUAAAUGUAAGUAAUUCCAUCUCUAGUCAUCAAAGCACUUACGCAUGUGCUUUCCUUGAGGCACGUGUUUCUCUCGUUAGCUUUAAUGGAAUUUAAACCAAGUUUUUUAAAAAAAUUAGUAGGAGUGGGAGGAAACUUGGUUCUGUCUCUGGAACUACCUGUUUAUUUAUCAAAACUGUUCGGACAAUACUACAGAUCUGUUUAACCUUUUUGGUAGCUUUGUUCCAUCCGCCAUGUCUCCCUGACUUGUAAAUGGCUUAUUCUCACCUUAACUGAGGGACAGAAUGCCAGAUGCCUAAUAGUAAUCAUUGAGGUGAUACCAGCACAUUGGAGUGGGAUUUCAGGGUGCCUAUUUGCAAAAUUCUGGUGGAAUAAGGUGUAUGCAUUUACUCACCAGGUCAAUGUUUAUUACCAAGCUUUUGUUACCUGUGAUAAGUUUCCUGUCCAGCUUCUCCAUUGAUUUGAUAAGCGCACUGUUUUUUUUUAAACAUGUAUGAAAUAUCAGCAGAGCACUAGAUUAUAAAAAAGGUUUAGUUUCUGGAAUAAUGAUACUUGUCUUCAUUUUUAGACUGCUUUGAGAGCUAUAGAUGAAAAAUGCGGUGUGAGAGCUAAGUAUCACUAUAUCCCCAUUUUACAGGGCAGGAAAGCUACGGGGGGGAAGUGACUUGAGAUGACUCCCAGAACUGGUACUAUAACACUCCUGACUCCUAGUCCAGUGUCAUACCCAUUGGCCUAUCUGCUUCUUCAGUAUAAUUUUAAAACUCCUGCCUUUGAGGUCAGUCUAAUCCAAUAAGUAAUGAAAUUCAGUGAAUUGCAAAUGCUGCAAAAGUGACUGCAUAAAGACAAAAAAAAAGUUUAAAGUGCAUCUGCAUAUUUUGAAAGACUUCAUGGGGGUGAAAACAUGGCACUAAAAAGCCAGUAGUUUUAUGGUAAAUAUGCAUUGAUCAUGUGUACAAGUUUCAUUUUGUGUUGCAAAUAGCAGCUCAAAAUAAUAUGGCUUCAUAUUUGUACUGCAGUGUCCACUUUGACCUGCCUGGCAUUUUCAGUUGCUGUACACAGGCACGUAGUCUAGGCAGCAGUCUAAGCAGCAUUUUAGAAAUUAAAUCUUUUAGUUCCUACCCCUUGAGGGUAAAUUUCUCCCUGCACAGUGUUUGCUGACUCUUUUGAUAUGUGUUAAAAGAAAUGUCAUACUUACACUUCGAGUUUGAGCAAGUAGCAUAUUGAGCAAAAUACCUUUCUUUGGUUUAAGUUAUGGGGAGUGAUGAGUCAUCUUUGUCAAAAAAGAAUGAAUAGGCCUUAUUUAUUAAAUGCUCUUUGGGAGUUUUCCCCAGGUCAUGUUCUCAUAGGGUUAAUAUUUCUCCGUUACUAUAGUUCAGUUGUUAGCUCUUUAGUGACACACAUAACAAUUUAGAUUCAUUUUCAUUUAAUUAAGGUGAAUUUCAGCAAAUGUGGAAUGAUUUCAGGAUUAAUGUGGUAUGGUAGGUGGAAGGGAAAUAAAAAUGAAAAUUUUGUCAUCUACUUCAUUUAGCGAACUCCUUCGAAUGCUGUAUUUAGAGGUGGUCGUUAUAAGGCCAGUUAACCUUUCCAACCAGGAAAUCAGUUUGAAGGCUUUCUAGCACAACACUAAGACUAAAUGUUCAUUAACUCCUUAAUGAAGAACUGUGUAAUAUGACCACAAGUCUAUCUGCUGUAGAGCAAGUCAUGUUUGCUCUAAUACUAAGAAGAAAUAGAAUUGGUAAAUUUGAUUUUUUAUUUUUUUUUUUAAAAAGCUGCAGUGUACCCUUUUCUUGAAUUCUAGACUCACAGCUGUUCAGUGGAUGGGGGUGUAAGAGCUUAAUCCAUUGUUAUAGAAUUGUUUCUCCUUUAUUGCUUAAGGCUAAUGGAGGAAAUAGUCUAAUUUUGUCUUAGAAUUUCUCUAUUAAAAUUGUUGGUUUGAGUCCAUCCGUUCAUAGAUUUUGACUGAUGAAACUGCAGGCUGCGAAUUCCGGCAGUUAGAACUUGAUCACUAUUCACGACCCAAGAAUAUUACAGCUUUAAAACAGCCUUAAGCAAAAGGAUGUUAUUUCUUUGUACUAAAUUUGGUUCAUGGAUAAGAAAAAAAAAUCAUAACACUGGUAAUCCGUACUGCAUAGCAAACUCUUCUGAAAAAUGUUAUUGCACAUGUAAAAUAUGAAAACUUGACUCUGCUGUGUGUUAGGCAAUCCUGUAAUCUUUUUUUCUCUCUUGUUAAAUUCAUUUCUUAAAUGCUUGGUUGGAAGACUGUGACAAUAGCUCAUGAAAUUGAGUGUUAUUUUUCUUUCUUUUUUUAAAUAUGUAAAGUGCAGUCUUCUGUAUUCAUGCAUAUUGUAUAUAUCUGUAUAUGUUUUACUGAGCAACUAAAUAACAAUAAAUAUGAUGUUAAUGGUG